UGUCGCGAGUAAUGAAUGGAUGGCAGGACCGUCUCGCGUUGAUUGCGUCAUUCUGUGGCGCCAAAACAGUCUCCUCUCAGUCAGCUUCUUCAGAGUACCUCCAUUGUGGACCUACACACUUAUCUAGGUCGAAAACAAAAUCACGUGUGUGGUGUUUAAUGUGUCACCCACAUCUGCUGUUAUUUAGCGCGUCUAGUGGUUUCUAGUCCCUGUCGGUCUCGCCAUGAACGACGACGAUGAUUUGAUGUCAAGUUUUCAUUCUGAUCAACUCCAUGCUAAUGUGGCGUCUGUUCCUGAUGGACUUUGCUGGGUGUCAGUUCUCUCCUGUUUAUUGCUUGCGUGCUCCUAUGUUGGAAGUUUAUACGUUUGGAAAAGCGAUUUACCAAGAGAUCAUCCUGCAGUGAUAAAGAGGCGCUUCACCAGUGUACUGAUUGUAUCCGCUCUGUCUCCAGUGUUUGUGUGGGCAUGGAAAGAGUUCACAGGCAUCCAGCCUGGUCCUUCAUUACUGGCCCUUAUGGGGAUCCGGUUGGAGGGUCUUAUCCCUGCUAUCAUUCUUCCGCUGCUAUUGACCAUGGUGCUGUUUCUGGGCCCUCUGAUCCAGCUAGCCAUGGAUUGCCCCUGGGGUUUCAUCAAUGGAAUGAAAGUUGUAGUCGACCCUUGCUUCUGGACGUUGUGUCUGGGUGACAUGCGCUGGCUGAGGAACCAGGUUGUGGCGCCAUUGACCGAGGAGCUGGUUUUUCGGGCAUGCAUGCUUCCCAUGCUAGUACCCUGCGCCGGCCCCUCCACCGCAAUCUUCACAUGCCCGCUCUUCUUUGGAGUUGCUCAUUUUCACCAUGUAAUUGAGCUCCUGCGGUUCAGACAGGGCACUGUCUCAGGGAUUUUUCUCUCUGCAGUGUUCCAGUUCUCCUACACUGCGGUAUUUGGAGCUUAUACAGCCUUUAUAUUCAUCAGGACAGGUCAUUUGGUGGGUCCUGUGCUGUGCCAUUCCUUCUGCAACUACAUGGGUUUUCCAGCUCUCAGCACAGCCCUGGACCACCCGCACCGCCUCACGAUUCUCUCCUUCUACGUGCUGGGGGUCGUUCUCUUCUUCCUCCUCAUCUUCCCCAUGACUGAUCCAUUCUUCUACGGUUUUCCCACACCCGUCUGCACCCUGACCUCCACGUCUGGAUCCAUCUGCUCCUGAUCCAUCCAUACCUCCAUCUCGCAUUUCAUCCAUUCCUUCUCUCCAGCCAUUUGAAAAGGAGUGGCUGUUUUGCUGUGGGUUUCACCAGGAGAGCGAGGGACUGCUGGAGAACAGGUAUGAAAAUUCACAGCCUCUGUGAGGUGGUGCGUGGAAGAACUCGAUGCAAAACAUCCUCAGGUUGCACUGGCCAUUCUUUUCACCAUUCAGCAGUUUGUUGUGUUAUCAAGUGACUUCAUCUAAGAGCCAGGCCUACGUUUGAUGAAGAUAAGUUGAUUAUAUGCAUUUGCAUGUUUAUCUGACGAUAUUUCAGUGUGUUUAUCUUUAGAUUGGUGCUGGGGAUAAAGAUCAGACACUAUUACGGGUUUCCUAAAAAGAUUUGUAUGCUGGAAUGUGCUAAAAUGCUAGAUUCCCUAUUUUUUUUUUUGUGAUAUUAUAAUCUUGCUCAUAUACAACGUACCUUGUUCGAUCUGGUGCCCUUACUUGAAGACAACAUUCGUUUUUACAGAUAUUACAUACAUAUUUUGUUUUACUCUUGAUCUUAUUGUUUAAAAAUUUAAAUAAAUGUCUUUAGGUACGCUUUUGGAGCAAAAGACCUAGACCUAUUAGAGUAACAAAAUGUAGUGAGUAUGUGUAAGAAGUUGAAUUGCCCUGAGCACACAGCUUUUUGUGUAGGUCAUGCACAACAUUUCAAUUAUGAGGUCUUUUUAAAGCAUUGAUCAACCCUGCCUUGGCCAUUUGUUAAUUAAAAAAAAAAAGAGAAAAUACCAAUUACAGUCUAUAUUUUAUAGUGGAUAUCCGUGAUAGAGUUUGACCUAUGGUAUUUCAUUCAAAGUUAAAGCAGAGCUGAAGACAUUCUUUUUUUACAUCGGCAUAGGAAUUUCUUUUCUUGUUAAGUUAGAAUGGUAGCAAUGGAGGAUACUGAGGUAAAUUCUACGCUUCUGCUUUAGUAAUGGUGGAAAUUCCAACACUUUCUUUUUAUGACUACUGUCUUGUAGUCAUAAACCUCCUGCAACAACAUUGAAACUACCUAUAUCAGAGAAUUACACUUAGAUAAACUGAUAUGUUUUACAUUGUAAAUCUAAAAGUUAAGCUUUUUAUAAACCUUUUAUAUAUAAAAAUGGCGUAGUCAAGUUUUAUGCGGGAUCCUUCACCAUGGAGUGUUAGUGAAAACUCGUACCACUUAUCUGCAUGCUGCUACACUGGUGACAUAUGGAUGUUCUAAUGAUGAUUGAUAUAGAAACACACUAAACACAACUUGCAUAACUGCUUAUAGAAAUAGUUCACCCAAAAAUUAAAUAUCUGACUUCUGUACUUAUCCUCAUGUAAUUUUUUUCCGAAAACAACAAAAGGAGAUAUUAAGCAGAAUGUUCAUGCUGCUCUUUUCCAUAAAAUAAGUGAAUGGUGAACAUAGGCUAAAUUCGAAAACUUAAAAUAGUCCAUAUGACGUAUAUGCUAUAUUUCCCUCAUUUGUGUGAUUUGAAUACGCAGAUAUUUCAAUUUAGCUAAUCGGGACAUUUGCAUAACGUCUUUUUGUAUUACUAAGAAAGAAGGACAAAGAAAAAAAAUUAGUGUGAGUAAACUAUUUUUCAUUUUUGUGUGAACUAUACCUUUAAGUUAGCAAAUGGGGCUUACUACCCAGAAUAGAGGCUGCUUGGUGCAGAAAAUGUAAUGUUAUGUAGUUGUAUGUGGUUUCAGUUGUCAUUAAUUGUGAAAGCAGAGUAUAUAGAGAUAGUAUAUAGAACUGUCAUCUACUUUAUUGCUUGUAAUUUGUUGAUUAAUAUAUUGGCAUGGUUUGCCAUCACAUUCAUUAAGUGUGUAUCAUAGGGUCAUUUGUAGGCUUUUCUGUGCUGUGAGAGACCAUGCAAAGUAAACCUUUUAAGCAAUAGUCUCACAAACAGAAUCAAAUCAGGGAUUUCCAUCUAGUGCCACGUAAGAAGUUCGUUUUGGGUUUUUCUUUUAUUCAUUCCCAAAAUACUUUCUUAUUUGGCUCGCUACAAAGAAAACAGUGAUAUCUAUAACAUCACUUGAACAGCCAAAGUUAUGGUAGGAAUUACCACUGCAGUGAUCUGGUUUACUAGUCUCUAGCGCUGAAAUAAGUGUGUUUGAAGUGUGCCACAGUGUAUAUGACUGUAUUGACAUGUUUACACAAGGAGGAUGCUGUAUGUAAGCACUGUUUAACUGUGACUGGCUUCACGGAAUGCUGCUUUAGUUUAGCUGCUUUGUGGUUGCGGUCAACAGAGGGCGCCAGAGGACCAAUGUUGUGUGUUUCUCAUUUUGUUGUUGUUUUCAUGAAUUAAAAGCAGUCACCUUCCUAUGUGUUUAUUAAGUAAUUGAUCUGUAUUGCUUUGCAUAUUUAAUCCUGUGAUUAUGCCCUGAUACGCAAAGUUGAAGAAGGUAAACUUUUUCACAUCUGUGGAAAUUCACUCAUUGUUUGAUAAUUGAGGAGAGACGCAUUUUAGUGGUUAAACUGCACUAUGGGUUUUCAGAUUGAAUGGUGUGUUGAAUUGUGAUUGUUUAGGGAAAGCUGAAUGCACAGGUGCUCUGGCGAGGACAGGCUUCCUGUCAGCGCUGUGAUUGAUGAUUGACUGGUGUAACUUUUAGAAGGAGACUGUUUUUUUAGUCCUUAAUUUGUAAAGUUACUGCAUUCAUUUAUUUUACAAGAGAGUUUCUAUUUUUUUUUCUCCAUUAGAAGUGUCUUUCAUCCCCUGUUUGAGUUCACAGUAUUCUUUCUUUAAUCUGGUUGGUUGCAAGCAAAACAUUUGCCGCAGGGGCAGACUUGCGUUUCAGAUGCUUUGAACGUCAUAUUAACAGUAAGGAGGAGAAAUAGACGUUUAAAUCUAUUUUUGCAAAUGUGAAAAGUAGCUGAGCGAUGUUUUAGCUCAUUGAAACAUCACCUAAAGAAAUGUCAAGUCUUUGAGAAUCUCUACACAGAUGAAUUGAAUAGACUGGUUGGUGAUUACAAACAAGCCUGAUGUUUAUACUGAGAGCUAUAUUUUAUAAUCAAAUCUAUUUUGGUGACUCAGAGAAUAAUGUGCAUGCUAGUUGUUUUUGACUAACACGCAAUGCAAUUUUCUGUAAUUCACUGAUGGACAAAUGUUUUGUGACAAUCUUUCUGGGGGUCUUUCAAUCCACUCUGCAAAACUCUGCCAUUUGUAAAUAAAUUAAAGAUUUUUUUAAACACCUCA